AUAUUUUCAGCUAUUUUCACGAUGUUAUUAUUAUUUUCCAUCGACUCUAAAUGAUUCGGAUUGGAAAAUAUUAUUAAAAUGUCGAAUUAGGAAGCAAAGAUUGGAUUAUUUGAAAUUUCGUUGCAAAAAUGAAUGUGAAAAUCUUAAAGAAUUUGCUAAAGAUGAACAACGCGAAGAAUCGCUACGAUGUUUGCGUUCUAUGAUUAUUGACCCAUAUCCGACUUUGGCUAUCGACUGUCGAUUUUUGAGUUUCUUAUCACCGAGAGCACUUUCGCUAACACUUCUUCAAAUACGUUAUUUAAUAGCAAAUAAUAAUUCGCGACAAUUCCCUUGGCCCAUUUAUUUGUGCAAUGUGAAUUUUAACGAUGAAAAUUUGGUUGAAGCAUUCAGCAAGUUAAUAAAUGUUGAAAUAACAUUUCUUAAUUAUACGAAAAUUUUCUCGCCAUCUCGGAUUAUUUAUUUAAGUCCACACGCUAACGAAGAACUGAAAAAGAUUAGUGGUAAUGAAGUGUUUAUCUUGGGAGGAAUUGUCGAUCGCGUUCAAGAACAUGGAAUCCACCCACAGGCAUCUUUGGUUGCAGCCAAAGAAGAUAAUGUUGUUGUCCAAAAGUUACCAUUAAACAAAUAUAUCGAUUUGAAGGCUGGAUUACCGUAUCUUACACUAACUUCUGUUUCUUCAAUAUUGUAUGAUGCAUACAGUUCUCGAGGCGAUUGGCACAGUAGCAUCCAAAGGUGA